AUGAUCUCCCCGAAGGACACUGGACAUAAUGAAGAAAGAGAGGCGAGGUUGCUUGAGAGGUGUCCUCCUGGCCAUGAAGGUACAAAGUUGGUCGACAUACCCGCCACAGUUCUCGAUGCUACCGGCGCCAUCAUUGUGUGGUACCUCCCGGAUGCCCUGACAGAAACCACCCAGAAGGAAAUUCUGGCAGCCUCCGAUUUGCUCAGUCCGAGCCUUGCAAAAAGUGUAAAGGUUGAUGGGAGUUGGCGGACUAAUCAGGAUUGGUUCAAACCAAGCUCGGAAAAUGAUGGCAUAUCUCCCGGAUGCAUCAAUCUAUCUCCGGCUUGGUUUCAACAGGGGCACGAGAAUCUGUCGGACCCGGCGGUAUCUGCCUCAUUGAAGGGACCAUUCUCCGAGAAUAUUCUCAAAGCCAUUGCCAGGCCGGCAGCCAUCGCAUCAGCCGCACUCAGGGUGAUGCAUCCUGAGCAGUACUGGGCUGGGAUACGAGCCUUUUUAAGCCUCGGACAAUCAGCCGAAAGCAAGAAUCUUCCUGAGGAUGUCAGAGACCCUCCAGUACUGGGCAUCCGUGUUUAA